AUGAAUUCCCUCCGCAUUGCCCGUGCGGCUCUUCGGGCGCGCCCUGCUACCCUGUGCGCCACUGUCCAGCGCAGAGGCUAUGCCGAGGCUGUCUCGGACAAGAUCAAGCUCAGCUUAUCCCUUCCCCACCAGUCGAUCUACAGGUCCCACGAUGCCGUUCAGGUCAACAUCCCUGCUGAGUCUGGCGAAAUGGGUGUCCUUGCCAACCACGUCCCGUCGAUCGAGCAGCUGAAGCCCGGUGUGGUCGAGAUCAUGGAGGAGAACGGCAGCACCAAGCGGUUCUUCCUUUCUGGGGGCUUUGCCGUUGUUCAGCCCAAGUCGGCCCUGAGCAUCAAUGCGGUUGAAGGUUUCCCUCUGGAGGAUUUCAGCAUAGAUGCCGUCCGGGCGCAGAUUGCCGAGGCCCAGAAGGUUGCCAACGGCAAUGGCAGCGAGCAGGACAUUGCCGAGGCCAAGAUCGAGUUGGAGGUCCUGGAGAGUUUGCAGGCUGCCCUGAAAUAG